AUGUCAAAUAAUUUACAGACCCCGUCGAGAUCCGUUGACGAGGACACGAGGUCCAAAAGCGAAUGUAUACACGACAAAUCCGAGUCUUCGGAGGGCCUUCAGCAGCCUAAAAUCUCUGUUCUUCGGCCAAAUCCAGGAGAAGAAUAUCUAUUCAAUAUUGAAAACAAUCCAUUUGCUUUCUCCCCAGGUCAACUAGGGAAGCUAAUAAAUCCAAAAAGCAUUGCCGCUUUUGUCGCUUUAGGUGGCAUUCUUGGGCUAGAAAAAGGCCUACGGACCGAUUGUCGUGCUGGCCUUGGUAUUGAUGAGCAUCAUGUUCUUCAAUCAAUUACAUUUGAGCAGGCGACAAUGGCUCACCUAUCGCCAGAGAUGCUCAAAGAUGGCCAACAAACCGGGAACCAUCCUUUGAUUUGUUCCAACGGCAAGCCAGGCAGUAGUUUCACUGAUAGGAAAAGAGUCUUCGGCGAAAAUCGGUUGCCAGAACGAAAAUCGAAAUCGGUUCUCCAGCUAGCUUGGAUUGCUAUGCACGAUCAUGUACUCAUACUGCUCAGCAUUGCAGCCAUUGUCUCGCUUGCCUUGGGAUUAUAUCAGACAUUUGGACAAACGGAACAUGAAGGCGCUAAGGUUGAGUGGGUUGAGGGCGUGGCCAUCAUUGUUGCAAUCUCUAUCGUUGUGAUUGUCGGCGCGCUGAACGACUGGCAGAAAGAACGCCAAUUCCGGAAGCUCAACAUGAAGAAAGAGGAUCGCUUUGUUAAAGUAAUUCGUUCAGGCAGCCCUAUGGCCGUGUCUGUCUAUGAUGUGGUUGUGGGCGAUAUCAUGCUUCUUGAACCCGGCGAUAUUAUUCCGGUGGAUGGUGUCUUCGUUCAAGGCCAUGGUCUGAGUUGUGAUGAGUCUUCAGUCACAGGAGAAUCUGAUUUGGCCAAGAAGGUCCCAGCGGACAAUGUACAGCAGGCACUUGUCAACGAAGAAGUAUCGGAGCUGAAAAAUCUGGAUCCAUUUAUCAUCUCUGGGGCCAGAGUCUUGGACGGCGUAGGAUCUUUUCUCGUUACUUCAGUUGGGCAGAACUCAAGUCACGGUCGGACCAUGAUGUCGCUGUCGGAAGAUCCUGGGCCUACCCCCCUGCAAUCAAAACUAAAUGUUCUGGCUGGUUACAUCGCAAAGCUUGGAGGCGGGGCAGGCUGCUUGUUAUUCACCGUGCUCUUCAUCGAGUUUCUUAUUAGGCUGUCCGGAAACAACAAGUCCCCAGAAGAGAAAGGACAGGAUUUCCUACAUAUUCUUGUCAUGUCCAUCACUAUCAUUGUUGUUGCCGUCCCUGAAGGCCUCCCACUGGCGGUGACACUGUCAUUGGCAUUCGCUACUAAGCGCAUGACAAGGGAAAACAAUCUUGUUCGCCACCUUCAAUCAUGCGAAACAAUGGGGAAUGCCACCGUUAUAUGCUCAGAUAAAACAGGCACCCUAACGGAAAACGCCAUGACUGUGGUCGCCGGUGCACUAGGCGGCGAGCCACUGCUAUUUGGUGAUAAGAAUCUACAAUUCGGACUUGAUGGUAGCGCGCCUGGUAAACGGCAUUCUCAAACCAAGGCUAAAACCCUAGCCCACGCAUCGUCGGUACACGUGGAGAUGCAGCAGUAUGAUCAGAUCUCUGCGGACCAAUUGUCCUCAAAGCUCUGCACAGAGGCACAAAACCUACUGAAGAUAGCUCUUGCAGCCAAUACUACUGCCUUUGAGAGCGAAGAGAACGGAAGGACAGUAUUUGUGGGAACCAAAACAGAGACGGCCCUUCUUGAUUGGGUUCGUCGAUAUUUUGGACUUGGGCUAGCCUCCAUGGAACGUGCCAACAGCUCCCUAGAACAGCUAUUCCCAUUUAAGUCAGAACACAAAUGCAUGGGAGCGGUAAUCAAGCUGCCUCAAUCUGACACCUACAAAGGCGAAGCAAAGUAUCGAUUAUUUGUCAAGGGGGCACCGGAAGUUGUCCUAGCACAAUGUAGCGCUUCGCUGGUCGAAAUAUCGAAAGGCGUAUCACAGGUACCAAUGUCGGAAUACCACAAAGAUGCUAUCAGACAUAUCAUAUUUGGUUUUACGACGCAAUCGUUACGAACCUUGGCUCUAUCAUAUGUCGACUUCCAGGAGUGGCCCCCGCAUUGGCUCCAAACAGACGACAGCUCAACGGGUUCUAACGAUAUUGAGCUUCUUGAUGUUCUUCAAGACAUGACCUGGAUCGGCGUUGUGGGGAUUCGAGAUCCUGUUAGACAAGGAGUUCCUGCUGCGGUGGAAGCGUGCCGAAGGGCAUCAGUGUCAGUCAAGAUGGUAACCGGUGACAAUAUUGAGACGGCAAGAGCAGUCGGGCGAGAAUGUGGCAUCUUGAAAACUUCAUCAGGAGAGGAAGGCUUGGUGAUGGAAGGGCAAGACUUUCGCCAGCUACCUGAUGAAGAAAAAGCAGAGGUUGCCAAAGAUAUCUGUGUCUUAGCUAGAUCCAGCCCGGAAGACAAACGCAUCCUCGUCAAAACUCUACAGAACCUCGGCGAGAUUGUCGCAGUGACAGGGGAUGGUACGAAUGAUGCACCAGCUCUGAAGGCUGCUGAUGUCGGCUUUUCUAUGGGCUUAUCUGGAACAGAGGUCGCUAAAGAAGCAUCCGAUAUUAUCUUGAUGGAUGAUAACUUCGCGUCCAUUGUUAAGGCACUUGGUUGGGGACGGGCUGUGAACGACUCUGUGAAGAAAUUUUUGCAGUUCCAACUGACUGUUAAUAUCACAGCAGUCAUCAUAACAUUUGUUACGGCCGUAUCUGACAGUAAUGAAACUGCGGUGCUCAACGCAGUCCAACUGUUGUGGGUCAAUCUCAUUAUGGACACAUUUGCGGCGCUUGCGCUUGCAACAGAUCCGCCAACAGGAAGCGUACUUCAGCGUAAACCAGAGCCCCGGACCGCAUCUCUAAUCAGCUUCAUCAUGUGGAAGAUGAUCAUCGGCCAAUCCAUCUACCAGCUAAUUGUUUGUUUCGCACUAUGGUUUGGUGGCUCUGGCCUCGGCUACACAGAGUCCCAGUUAAGAACUCUCAUCUUUAACGUGUUUGUUUUCAUGCAAAUCUUCAAGCUCAUAAACAGCCGCCGCAUUGAUAACAAGCUGAACAUCUUUGAAGGUUUGCAUCGCAAUUGGCUGUUCAUGGUGAUGAUGUCAAUUAUGGUUGGUGGGCAGCUGAUUAUUAUUUUUGUUGGUGGUGAGGCGUUUGUCGUCGUACGACUGACGGGUGAGCAAUGGGCCAUCUCUAUCGGCCUAGGUGUUGGCUCAAUUCCCGUAGGUAUCCUCAUUCGCUUACUUCCUGAUGCAACCUUGCGAAAGUUCUGUCAGAUGAUCAUGAAAAGAAUUAGCCGCAAGUAG